AUGCAAAUACUCAUAGCUUCCGCGAAAUCUUCUUGGGUAAUGUGGACCGCCUGCCCCAUUGGUUGCGUUCGUGUCGAACUUGAUAGCCGUGUCCACAUGGAUGAAGUUCACCACUCUACAGGAGCUCCACUUCUCCUUGAUUAUGGAGAAACUCAUUGCUCUCAAAAGCUAAAAGCGGCACGAGAAAUAUUUGUUAGAUGGGACACAUGGAGGAACAAUGGGGAUCGAUACGUCACUUAUCAUAGCAAUCUACUUCCAGUGAACACGCAUUAG